AUGAUGUCUUCGACGCACGUUUAUACGCACCCCCAAUACAAUCCACAAGGCGACUCUAGCUGGAUGCACCAGCAGGCGUCGCACCACCAGCAGAACCAUGUGUCUGUUGCUCAACAACAACAACAACAGCAGCAGCAGCAGCAGCAACAACAACAACAACAGCAACAGCAACAACAGGUUCAGCAACAGCAAUCGCACUUCAACCGCAUGGCUGGUAAUCAUUCUGCCGGUGGCACUGGUGGCAAUAUGGGAGGCGCUCAUGCCCAGGAUUCCGGCCAUGAGAACAUCUCGGAGGAUAAUCGGCGCACGAUGGCGUACAUUGCCGAUUUAUUAAACGAGAACACGAGGGAGGCAGCUUUGCUAGAGCUGAGCAAGAAGAGAGAACAGGUGCCUGAACUAGCUCUGAUUUUGUGGCACUCAUUCGGUGAGCAUUUGUCCAAGGCUGAAAUGACGGAUGCCCGGGUUAUGACCUCUCUUUUACAGGAAAUAAUUUCCGUCUACACGCUUCUCAACCCUUCGCAGCUCACAGCUGCUGCGUCAAACCGCGUUUGCAACGCCUUGGCACUACUCCAGCGGACUGUAGCGCAUAUCCCUCUGUUCUUGUACCCAUUUCUAAACACGACAUCCAAGUCCCGGCCGUUUGAAUACCUGCGACUAACUUCCCUGGGUGUUAUUGGUGCGUUGGUGAAGAACGACUCUUCGGACGUUAUCAAUUUUCUCCUCACAACGGAGAUUAUUCCUCUGUGCCUUCGGAUCAUGGAGACUGGCUCAGAGCUUAGUAAGACUGUUGCCAUUUUUAUUGUUCAGAAGAUUCUGCUGGACGAUAACGGCCUCAAUUAUAUCUGCGCCACCUACGAGCGCUUCUAUGCUGUAGGCACUGUGCUGAGCAACAUGGUCGCUCAGCUUGUCGAGUCCCAGACUGCACGGCUCCUCAAGCACGUCGUCCGAUGCUUUCUUAGACUUAGCGACAACGCCCGAGCUCGUGAGGCUCUUCGCCAAUGCCUACCAGAACCUCUGCGAGAUGCUACCUUCUCGUCUGUUUUAAGAGAUGACGCUGCAACUAAGAGAUGCCUUGCUCAGCUCCUUAUCAAUUUGUCUGACAACGUCGUGGACAACUCGCAAGGCGUUUCCAACAUGUGA